GCUGUUCUGGCGGAGGAUGGUUUGGAACCUCGUCCUGCUUCCCCGAUAGCCGACGAUCUGCCACCGGCUCCAGAUGAAUUUGGAGGUCGUGGACCUCCAGCUGCACCUGCGGCGACACACAUGCCACGCCCAUUCCUGCAAGUUCCUGGUCGACGACAAGAACCAGUUCGUGCACAUCCAGCUCCGAUGCUCCGAGAAAACGCACGCAUGGAUGGAGGUCCCGAUCGACCACAUGAAGCAGCUCAUGUAGAUGUAGAUCCGAAUCCGAUGCUCGGACGUCAAAGGGAACACGUUGCUGAGGCGCGACGUAGAUUAGACGACAGUAUUCGUGACAUGCGGGCACGAAGAGAGUGGUCAUCACCCGACGAGGCUCGGGUGUUCGCGAGACAUGUCGGACUGUGGAAAGUUGUAACGUCAACUGUUUUCUCCUGGGCAGCCUCCACCUUCAUCCGACGUUCAUUGAUGGGGUGGCGCCACCUGGCGCAAAUUCUGCAACUCGUCGCGCGCGUGACGUUUCAUGAAGGGGGACCAAAAAUCUGCAGCCUGCUCCAAGAAGUUAUGGAAGUUUUCGAAUGGUUGAACAUGGUAACGGAAAAGAAUCUACGCAGCGAGGAACAGCUAGAAAAAGAUUAAGGCUACUUGCGAAAGUCCAUCUUUCCAAAUCAUUCCUACCUCUAACGCUAGUUUUUCACUAUGCCUGGUUGAGUGACCUCUUGCCCCUUCCACCCUUGACAAUAUUUUCCCCUUUAUUAAAGCAAGGGGGACGCCACUCAGGUUCAGCAUAGUCCACGUAGGAUAGUGAAAACUCGCCUGAGCAGCUUGGUCCCGUUUUGAAGGAAAAACGGGCACCAGCGAAGAGGCUGGCCGGCGAGAUGGAUUUAUUACUCGAGGUCUAAGAAAAGCAGGCAUUGCGCCAGGAGAAUAAUUACAGUUUGGCGGUGUGGCGAGUUCUGAUAGACUAUGGUUCGGACCCCGGCAAAGUACCAGCGCAUCCUCGCGAUCUCCUUGCUAUUCACAAGAGUAGUCCCGGGCACUGUUUGUCCCAGGCACACGCUGCGACAGACGUCAGCGAUCCUGUAAAGAAAUUCUACACGGGCGAAACGGACAAGCUUGCCACACUCUUCUUGCGUAUCAUUUUCACGAGCUCAGCCGCCACCGGGGUAGAGCUGUUCACAACCGACCGCUGGAAUGCAGUCACAAGUGGCAUCGAAGGGCUGCAAACAGCGCUGACACGACACGAACAAGAGCACGCGACGAACGACAGGUUCAGAGUAAGCCUCAAGGAUCUUGGUAACUUCCUCGGCCUCAGUGAUUGGUUUAGCAAUAGGAAGGAAGAUCUGCGUGCCGGCCAGAGAUCGAUUCAUUACGAAAACGUGCGCCGAAUUUGGGAUUCUAUGACUCACCGCCACCGUGGUUCGAUCACCUACAGAACGGAUCGUUUGCCUGGCUCUCGCGAGGCGCAUAACCGGGAGAUGUAUAUCAGACCGCGCACUCUGAAACCCUGGGAGGCGAUCAACUCCGAGAAGUACUGCCUGUGGUUAGACGAAAGCCACCUGUUCGCGUCAAGACUGAGAACUUGGAUGAGCUUCGCGAAGUGCUCUGCAUCAAAGUGGUUACUAGUUUAUAAGCGACAGCCCCAUGCAAAAGGCGGGCCGCAGUUGCCUGCCGACGGGAGCGCACCAGACCCUUGGUGUCUACUUGCCGAGGUGGAGAAACCACAACAACCGCAGGGAGAUGAUCCUCAUCAUGAGCUGUCGUCUCGUCCAGACCCAGCAGCUAACGAAGUAGAUGAUGCUCCUGAUGGGUCUUUGUAUUUACCAGAGGGGAUAGUUGCCUACGGAGGAGGAGCAGAGGAACUCAAAGGGAAAUUUCUCUCAGAAGAGACAUUGGAUUUGCUUUUUUCCAACAUCUUUAGUUGGGCGUCUCUCAGCGUGUACAGGCUCGUGGAAAGGCUCAAAAACGACAAUAAAAGUGGGAAAGGCUCUCUGAAUGAUAUAGGCGUUAGCCUUAGCCCGCCGUCGAUACCUGUCGUGUCCGACGACAAGCUCGUGCUGGACCCGCACGCUUUCAGGAUAUUGGCUGAGCUGAUUUCGCAAAGCCACCUACCGCGUGCGGCGGAGCCUCUUUUUGCGGCGAUGCAGCACGCCACCAGUGUGGAAAGUGUUGUCAAUGACCCGAGCCACAGCCUUUCGACCGCGGCCGUUUUGCCACUCGAAUGCGGGUUGUGGCAAUUCGUUCACAGCGCGAUCUUCGUAAUCAAUGUCAUCGUCUACGCCGUCUCGGACCACUUCGAUACCACGCCGCAUAUUGCCUUUGACAUCAACGAAACUUAAGGCAGCUAGUCUCUGCUCUAUCUUCGCUAUCCUAUGUGUACAAUGCUGAGUGGGUUCGCCUUUGCAGUCAAAGGGAUUUUAUGGGAAAGAAAGGGAACCCACUCAACAGCAAAAAACUAUAGCGAAAAACUACCUUUUUUAAGAAGCGGGCUUCUUUAUCGCGCUCGCAAUGGCUCAGCUGGCGUACAUCUUCAACUCGCCAAUGAACUUCAACGAGCCUCUGUUGACGCGUCUCACGAAAAAACUUACUAAGGACCCCGGAUGGAGAUUACAAGAGGAACGUGAAGAACUGAGUCGAGGACACGAGCAAGUUAGGAGCUUCUUAGCUGAGGAAUUAGAACAAGGGUCCGUCCUGUACUCUUUCUACGGCCCGCCGUUGGAGAAAGCUGAAUCCCAGGGCAACGACCAGCAUGAUAAAACUUAAGGCUUACAUAAGUACCCUAAAAAUCCAUCUCCAGAAGCUCAUCGCAAAGCUGCGCCCCCAUACAUAGGGGGAAAACAGCUCCAGGAUGGGACCCGAGAUUGCGUUUGGGUACUUACUCUCUAAGUAAUGGCUUGGCUGCCGCACCCCAGGCCUGACAUAUUCAUAGAAAAUGAGCUUCGGCGCAUUGGACACCCUCAUGAGGAUAGAGUAGUUCUGGGCAAGUCUCUAGGAGCUGCCUGGUUGCUACUCCAAGAGCCACCGAAAGUGGAGGGUACAGAUCCGCCCCAAGCCCGACCAUGGGAAGAGAUGAUAAAGGCAUCCCACACCUUGGAACACGUCAAUUGUUCACCGGACAGAGUAACAGAAUAUGGAAAAGCGCGCGCUAUAGCAGAAGCAGCUAAAACGCAACAAAGGCGUUGCAGAGUCGCACGACGUGCAACUGUUGUUAUACUUAAGGCGACUCUUGUUAAACGAAGAGGAGGCUUUCCUGAUGUUGAGUCUAUAACUACUUCAUCUCUUUAUAAUGAGAGAGACGACGUAAAUCUAGCAAAAUCAAAUAAAUGCUAAUAUUUCACUAUUCCUACUCGGUGUAGUGACGCAUCUAGAAGUAGAUCUUCUGGCACGACAAUUAUAUUUUAUAUAUUGUAUGUGUGCCGCACCAAGGGCCCGAGGUGACAAUAGCAAGCAAGCCGAUGACCAAGGGCCCGAGGGUCCAGCCCCUCGCCUUUUGCCGUCUUUGGAGGCCUUCCGUUGCCGGUGCACUGUUGCGGCGGCGACGCCUAACGGAUGCACUGAGGGCACAGGCAGGCACCUGGGCGGGGGCGCAGGCGAUCCCCUGGGCCCCUUUUGAAGCCUCCCACCACCAUCGGGGGCCCCUCAAGUCUCUAGGGUACAUGCAAACGAGAAGGGGGCAGCCCCUUGGCUCCCUUUUGAGGCCUUCCGCCCCCGGCAGACGCCUCCAAAAGGGGCCCAGGGCGCUCGGCCCCCCCCGCUAGGGGGGGGCCGUCGCCCCGCGCCCUGAAAAAUAUUAUAUACAUGCCCAGAAAGCGGGCCCAUCAAGGGCCCGCUGCACUGGGCAUGCGUUGCUUAGCGACUAGACAGAUAAGACUACGACGCAAGCCCCUAAGUCACCAAGCUAGCGGCACGCGGCUGGUUCAGAAUGGACUACCGUGGACGCCCCUCAUGGCUAAGCGGGCGGGGCUGGCUGUCGCUGUCUUGUGGCGGGGGUAUCGUGCUGGCUGCGGCUAAUGUACCCCUGGGGCCGCCAAAGCUAGCAGGCUAGGCGCGGCGGGGCUAGCAAGCUCGCCAAGAUUCGGCUUGGCUCUGGCUGCCGGGCUAAGCUAGCAGGGUGGCCAUGGGCAAGCUAGCUAGCUGGCUGUGGCUAAGAAAGCAGCUGUUGGGCUCGGUCGUGCAAAGGAAGCAGCCACCAAGCUAGCCACGGCCAAGCAGCUAGUAGCACGCUAGCUAUGGCCAAGCAGCUUCAGCUAGCAAGCUAGCUACCAUGGCCAAGUAAGUAGCUAGCUUACUAGGAGCAGCUACCUAGUAAGUUCGCUAGCUAUGGCGCAGCAGCUAGCAAGCUAGCUAUGGCUAAGCCACUAGCUAUAAAGCUAUGGCCAAGCAGCUAAUUUUCUCGCUAGCUAUGGCUAAGCAGCUAGCAGGCUAGUGACGGCUAGCCUUGCCAGGUGGCUACUGCUACGGGUCAGGGGUAUUAAGCAGGCGAGCUAUCUACGGCUAAGCAGCUAGCGAUGCAAGCAAGCCAUGGCUACGCUAGCAAGCUAAGGCCCUCACGAGGUGGCGCUGGUCCUUAGCCUUAGCGGAGGGCUUAUUAUUAGCCUAAGGAGGUUUAUUACAGGCAUCCCUUAGCCUCCUUAAGGAGCGUUUUUCUUUUUGUUCCUUAAGGAAAACCUAUAAUAACUCUUUUUAAUAGAAACCCCUUAAGGAAUUCCAUUUCCUUAAGGAAGCCGAAGCCCCUUAAAGAAGACUCUUAAGAAUUUUAGGCUGCUACCCCUAUAUAUAAGUACUGAUAUUCGUGAGCUAUCUUCGAGACGUCCUCGUCGAAGAUUUUCUUCUAAUUUGAUUUCGGCCUUGAUUGCCGCCGUGGGAUCUCUUACUGCGAUUGCCCCCGCGGCGAUUAUAAUCAGGGGCGCCGCUGCUGGGCAAAGUGCGACUCUUCGGAGCCCGGCAGAAACCCAAACAACGAAGACACCAGGCGGGCACCUUACCACUACUACGUACAAGACUGACGCGGUGGGCACUUUGACUCGAUACAACACCACCGGACAAACCGAGCCAACCAAUCGCGGCCCGCUGCACCAGACGCCGGAAACGACGAGCGCAGGGAACAAGCCGAAAGAAAAACUGAAACCUCGCGGGGAAUAUGAAAGAGAGUAUACAAGAGCCCGAAAGGUAGCUCUUCUCAGCCUUCCGACCUACCCCUUAUGAGCCGUUGUGGGGCCGCUGGAAUGAACGAUGACUUUGUGGGAACAUUAGACUGAGCAAAAAAUACAAGAGGCGCUAUUAAGCGGAGCAGGAGUUGUCUUAAUAUGAGCUCACAGGGCUUCUACAGGUGCAUACAACUAUGAAAGAGAACACAAUGUUGAGGAUGACCACAGAAGACGUAUCUGCUGCUAGUCUCCCUUGGUCGUGUUUUCCUUAAAAAAGGAUGGAUUUCCGUCAGUGCGGGUAUAUUUCAAAAAUGACCGCGGUCAUUUUUCUUUCAUAUCCUAGCUCGAAGUCACUGAGUUGUAGCACAUCAGCUUACUACCUUUAUUGAGUCAAGAAGCAAGAUAAUGUAGUAGGAUUAGGAUAACAACUGGGCGUGCCUUCAAAUGCUUCUAUUUUCAAUCCCUCGAAAAUUCUUAAGUCAAAGCUUCGCAAUAAAAAAACCAAAUUAAUAGAAAUAGCCAAGAGUUUGUUAAGAAAGUGCACUGCAUUGAAAAGCCCCCCGUUGCAACGAAGCCCCAAAUUAUGCCCUUGUAUUGAGUCGCCACACUCUGAACAACUCGGGUAUUUAGAUGCAACUACUUAUAGCGAGAAUUGUAGAUCCAGGCAACAACAAAAAAUAGAAAGUACCCCGCGGGAGUGAAUGAAUGAAAAGGCACUUGCUGCAUGUCGAGAUCGAACUUCCUCACUUGUUCUAGCGUACUAUGUAUAGGCCAGUAGGUGGGAAGCACCAUAGCACAGCACCAAAGAAAAUAGGCUAGUAGGAAGAGCGAUAUGAUCACUUACUUAACUUAGCUGAGGGCUGGCGAAAGCUCUAGUGUUUCUUGUGUUUGAAUCACAGGGCUUAGCGUUGCUCGCCCGGGGUAAUCCAGAUAGAUCAAAUAUGGUUGCUUUAUUAUAACGCUUUAGGUUUCCACGACGUCAACGAUACGUUUGUCGCCGUGCUUAAUCUUUUGCGUAGUUCUUAGUGCCUGGCCCUCGUGCUUCAGGCGUCUCGCGCGGAAGGAAAAGCGAGAGUUCUAUACUCAGGUAACAAAAAAACAAGAAGUAUAGCAUUGCGUGAAAUAGAGGACGGGUGAACAGAAAAAGGCUAGAGCAUGAGUGGCAUGACGUGACUGCCUGAGGACGUCUAUUCAUCACACUGAGUUAAUCAUGAAGCUGAUUGAGAUUGGAC